UUUCUGGUGAAGUCACAUGAUUUUAUUGUCUUUAGCUUUCAGAAGUUGUCUCAAAAUGCAAGCAAAUGCACCUAAUUAAGCAUAAAGCAAAUCCACCAUGCAGGCUUGCACAUCAUCUUUAUCAUUUUUCUAUGCAAAUUUCCUAAAGCAACGCGCAGGGGUUUUCGUCUAGUUUUCCUUUUCCCCAAGGCCUAAGGAGUUAGCCAUAUCUUUUUUUUUUAAUCUAUCAUCUGCCAUUGUCUCUGAUGAUUAGGCAUCUCAAACCUGAAUGCUGUGCCGGUUGCUAUCAGCAAAGAUUAUUCCAGUUGCCUAACAAAGUAGAAAGUAAGCUUAGCUCCUAAUAUACUCCUUGCUAGGUAGAGUACUGAACCCAAGCUAGCUUAUCUAUGGGCAACUGCUGUGGCAAGGAUGCCCCAACUGAUCAUUCCAGACACAAAACUUCUCCAAAUCAUCAUCUUCUAGGGCCAGAUCCACCGAAGUUCAUGAAUGGUCCACCUCCUCCAACUACAGCCGUGCGAGACUCCAUGAAAGGGCCAUCUCCAUCCCCAGUGGCGCGAGACUCCAUGAAAGGGAAGGGAGGAGGUUUACAAGAGCAAGAGGAGGGAGAAGAGCGAGGAGUCCAGCCGAGGAAAGAAGAGGAUCUGUGUGGUCCUCCUCUACCUGCAAAUUCACCUCAUCACUAUCCUCCUCACCAAUCUCAUCCUCCAUUGGAGCAACCAAAGGGAAGAGAUGACUUGGGUGCUUCUCUUCCUUCUUCAUUCGAGCAACCAAGGGGAAGAGUUCUACACAAGAAAGAAGAUGACCUGAAUGCUUCUCUUCCUGCAAAGCCAAAGGGAAGAGGUCUACGCGAGAAAGAUGACGACUUGGAUGCUUCUCUGCCUGCAAAGAUUCUUCAUCAAUCUCUUCCUCCUCCAUCAGAGCAACCAACAAGGAGAGGAGUUUUACACAAGAAAGAAGAGGGCUUGCAUGCUUCUUCUCCGCUUGCGAAGAUGCCUUACCACUCUCUUCUUCCUCAAACGGAACAAGCGCAAGGAAGGAUAUCAGAAGAGAUCUUGCACGUUCCUCUCCCAGCUGCAAUGCCUCGUAACUUCUCUCCAGAACAACAAGAAGAAAGACAAAGGAUUUCAUCGCGAUCAAAGAUAUCCCACACUCCGGCUCCACCACCGCGGGAACACCGAGAUGAAGGUGGCUCGCACAAACUUCUCCCUACAAAGAUGUCUGAUUCUUUGUUUCCCUCACAGAAGGAAGAGAGGGCAAAAAUGUUGCACAGGGAGCAAGAUUAUCGUAUAUAAACAUUCUUCUUUUAACAUCUUGCUAUUUUAUUUAAUCUUUUAUUUGUUUAUACAAUGUGCCUACUAGUUGCAUUGACAGCUAUAGAGUGACGUUUUUAUGUUCCCUAUUGUGAUUGUACAUGGUUUGAGGGUGUGAUUUUCUUGCUAGAAUGGCUCACUUGAGCCUUCCAUCUAAGGGCAUGUACAGUGGUGUGAUGUCAGUUGUCAGAGAGAUUUACCCUAUUUAUUAGGAGAUAAUGUAAUAGAUAUCAUUAUAUCAUUAAUAA